CCCAACACACUCCACAGCCAUGUGCACAGCCUGGUCUACCGGAGUCACCAGAAUUUGCAUGUGUUAUGUGGAUGACAAAGUGUCCAAAGUGGCCUGGCUCAAUCGAUCCAACAUCAUCUAUGCCGGCCAGGACAAGUGGUCUCUGGACCCCAGAGUAGAUCUGGUGACUAAAGGACAGCUCGAGUACAGCCUGCGCAUACAGAAGGUGGAUGUUUAUGAUGAGGGGUCGUACACCUGCUCCAUACAGACGAAGCAGCAGCCCAAGACUUCACAGGUCUACCUCAUUGUACAAGAGUCAAUCGCAUCAUUGUCCAACUGCACACAAGCAGCAAACAGCAGCGUCACCAAACUCUGUUAUUAA